AUGAAAUAUAAUAAUAAUUUUCAAACUAAACUCAUCUGUAGCAAACUCAAGGUUCACCAAACAAACAGAUUUCAUGAACGUUCAAGACGGGUGUCCGAAGAAAAUACUUUCACGACAAAUUUAGAGAAAAUCUUUACAGUGGUCCUAAUACAGCUCGACUUCCUGGAGCAAGAAUACGUGAGAGAAUCUAAAAACCAAGGCCUCAAUCCUAUACUUUACUCAGAAUUCCCUACACAUACCAGAUACCUAAUUUACAAAUUAACAUUCGCCCUAAGCACCAUAUUGACACAACUAAAUCACGUCAGAUAUGACGAAAACAUUAAACUUCACUGGGAAAAAUACGAGGCUCUAAAAUCCACGACUCAGUGUUUCCGGUGUCAGACACAUAUUCGUAAACUACAAAAAAAAACCAAUUGGCGUAAAAUGCGCAUGUCAGCAGAACACAAGAAGCUACACAAAAACGCUAGUGACACCUUGCGCAAAACUGCAAAGACAAUCACCCGGCGAAUUAUUUAA